AGUUGAGGCUUAUGAAAGUGACAGAUUUGGGACAUGAUGGGGUGAAUAGUAGGAUUGCUUAGAUCAGUGGAUGGAAAAAACAAAAUAUAUUUGGGGAUUUUAGCCACACUGGAGUACUUUGCUUAUUCGACAUAAACCUUGAUGUCAUGCAUAUAGAAAAGGUUGUAUUUAAAAAUAUCUUUAAUACUGUGAGGAAUAUUGAUGGGAAAACAAAGGAUAAUGCCAAAGCUAGAGCAAAUAUGAAAUAAAUUUGUCGUCAUCCUGAGCUGGAACAUAUUGCAGAGACGGGACGAUUUCCAAAGGCUUGUUAUACAUUAGACAACACCCAAAAAUAAAUAUUAUGUGAGUGAGUCCAUGGAUUGCGGUUUCUAAAUGGAUAUGCAUCAAACAUGGCUCGAUGUGUUGACAAGUAGAAAUAUAUAUUAGUUUGGAUGAAAAGCCAUGACUGUCAUAUUUUUAUACAAAGGCUGAUACUAAUAGCGUUCCAAGAGUUUCUACCAGUUAAAGUAUAAGAAGCGUUGAUAAAGCUAAGUCUUUUUUUCAAGAAUUUGACAAGUACUAUCCUGAGAUUAGAGGAUAUGGAUCGCCUUGUGCGAGAAAUACUAAUAAUAAUUUGCAAAUUAGAGCAAAUUUUUCCACCAGGAUUCUUCGAUUCUAUGGAACAUCUACUAAUUCAUCUACCAUUUGAAGCACAAAGAGCAGGGUCGUGGCAAUAUAGAUGGAUGUAUCCAUUUGAAAGACAUCUUCACAUAUUAAAGAAGAAUGUACACAAUAAGGCAAAGGUUGAGGGGUCGAUAUGCAAUGCAUACUUGGUGGAAGAAUCUUCCACUUUUGUUCCCACUACUUUGCACCCUAUGUUUACACUAAGCAUCAACAAGUCUCACGAAAUGAUGACGGAGGAGAUAGGAUGGAAGAAUUUAGAAGGCAAUCUAUCAAUUUUCACCUAUCCAGGGCGCAAAAUAGGAUAAGAAAGAAAAAGGCAUUUGAACGAGGAAGAGAUCCGUGCAGCUCAAACUUAUAUUUUUUUUGAACUGCGAAGAGGUGACCUUAUUUAUUGAGUAAGUAUUUAUAUUUUAUAGAUUAAGCCAGUUAUUAUAGUAUAAAUAGUAAGUAAAUUAUGAGAACCAUAUCCUCGGUUUACUCGAUGGUAUUGUUAAUGCAAGACUAGAGGAAGAAUUCGC